AUUCACUGACAACGGAGCGGAGCGAGGUCUGCAUCCAGGAAUGUCACGAGUCACGUGACCUGUUUUUGCAGCUGUCUCAGUUCUGCAAUCCAGGGAGAGAGAACGGAACUCCACUAAAAUAGUUUCAAGGUUUGGAACCACUUGGGAUAUUCUGGAUUUUGGGUAGACUUCUCCUUUAAGUGGGCGUGAUGAGCAGCCUUUUUUCUCAGGUUGUGUCUGUAUAGUUCUUCUGUUCCUCACCAAAUUAAAUGUGCCCACGGUCUUCAGCUGGACUCAACACUAGACGUUGAUCAGUCAUAAUGGCUCCAGAGAAAACAGCAUCCACCAAAGCCCAGUUAAAGGACAAUGUGUUUGUCAGACUCCUAAGCCUACCUGCAGUGAGCUCUACCUGUGAGGUUAUUGAGAGGACCUACACUAGCACCAAGCAGACCCACCCGCUCCUCUGCUCUGUGUGUGGGGUGUAUGAGAGGGGGGCCAGGACCGCAAGCAGUCUGGCAGUGUGGAGCAUCCAGCCUGCCAUCGACCGACUGGAGACCCAGCUUGUUGCUGCCAACAAUCUGGCCUGUAAAGGGCUGGAUCAUCUGGAGGAGAAGAUCCCAGCCCUGCAGUAUCCCCCUGAGAAGCUGGCAUCUGGCAUAGUGGAUGCAGUCACCUCUACAGUGCAGACAGCUAAGGAGGGCAUCGCCAGCCCCAUCGCUGGCACCUCAGACAGGGUGCUCAGCAUGGCAUCCAGUUGGCUCCAGUUGACCAGGGGUGCCUUCGGUGAUGGCUUUAGCUACGUCCUGAACAGCAAGCCUGUCCACCUUGCAGGGGAGGGAGCAGACACUGCACUGACCCUGGCUGAGAGUCUGGUCAACUAUGUUCUGCCUGGAUCCUCUGAGGAGAAUGAGUCGGCUGCUUUGUGGGAGCAGGAGUCUGGUGUCAGUGCUCCUGGCCUUCCGCCCAGCUACAGGAGGCUUGGGGCUCUGGCCAGCACAGUGUGUCGACGUGCCUACAAUCAGACAGCAGCAACGCUCCAACACGCCAAGAGUCAAGGUCAGGACCUGGUCACACACAUCUCCGGUGUGUCUCCACUGACUGAAUAUGCCAUGAAGAACCUUGAGGCUGUGGAAACAGUGGGCCUGUUCUUUCAGAGCUCAUUGAUGGGAUUCUUCAGUUGGGAGGAGCAGAGAGACAAAGCGACAGAAGCAGAGUUUCAGAAGAGUGGUGGUGGGCUGCAGCGCCUGGUGAGUGGCCUUGGUUAUCAGCUGCAGAUUAACUACAUGUCAGUUGUGUCCAGUGUGAAGAGUGCCCCUCAGACCACCUUUGGCUUGGCUAAGAACGGUCUGGGUGCCGUGUUGGAUACCUUGGGCAGCGCCCGGGAGCGUGUGGUGAACAGCAUCUCCUAUUAUGUUAUGAUUCCAGGGUUAUACAAGGAGUCCGAGCCUGGCUGCAGUGCUGGAGAUGAGGAGGACGGGGAGCCCAAGAUCUCUGAUGAGGCUCGGCUCCUCAAGCAAAGGGUCCUGCUGCAGAUCCCCCAACAGCAGAGGAUGAUACUGGGCCAGUCCUACACCUCUAUCGUCACCCAGCGCAUCCCACGGAGAGGAGAGAUCGCUAUGAGGUCCCGAAACUCCUCGUAUACACACAAUGUGCAUUCCCGCCGCUACAGCCCCACCGCUAAAUACGUUGUCACUGUGGAGCCCAUUCAGAAGGAUACAACUGAAAUGGAUGACUAACAGUGUCAACUAGAAGCAGUUUAAUAUAAGCUUGCAACAAUGCUGUGAUUCAACCAAUGCAACAGUAUUUGUAGAGCUUUAUGCAGUAACAGCAAGUGCAAUCAUGUAUGUUAAAGGUCUACAAAUGUAAUACUUGUGUGUUUCUUUGUGAUAUGGCCAAAGCUUUGCUUGAAAGAAGGCCUCCUAUUCUGUUGACAAAUACAUAGCUAAUAGACAAAGCCAUGUCUAAAACAAUGAUUUAUAUAUGCAGUAGAUGACUAUUAGGAGGGGGCGUGUUGAAGCCACCGCACCUCCAUCUUGGCAAAGAUAUUCUGGAAGUUAUAUAAAUGCAUUUGUUAAUGUCAACAUAAAUUUCUGCCACAUUUAGUCUAUUUCAGACAGAUUAAAGCAUACUUUAAAAUUAUGUCAGCUAAACAUUCAAAUGGCAAAACAUUUUCCAUAAAGUAUCAUUUUGAGAUUACGAAUUUUAUUGUCCCCACUACAACAGAAAAUACUUAAAUACAUGUAAUUCUGUCCUUUAAACAUUUCAUUUAAGUAAUGUAGAAUUCCAUUAAUUCCUAUGGAGGACUGACGGCUUCAAAGCCUCACAAUGGCAAAUACAUAGCAUCAACAAUCCAGGGUUUAAAUAAAUCAUUGGCCUGAAACAAUGUGACUCUGCUCAAUAGCUUUGCCAAUAACAUAGCUGAAUCAUUAAGAACAGACAGAUCAAUGAAGUGACGCCUUGACCCUGUCCAGAGUGAGCUCUGUGUCUCUCUGUCAUUAGAGGAAUUCAUAAAUUGGAUUUGAGAAGAAACUCUGGGUUCCAUCUUUCCUUCUUACUGUCUGCCAUGGGAAAAUGUUGAACAGAAGACUGUCUUGAAGAAAUAACCCACAUUUUAUCACGAUGAGGGACAUGCAUGACAUUAAACCAUUAAAAUAUUCUUAAAUGACACUUUCAUGACUGUUUCUUAAUAGCAUGUGUCUGUUUGCACAUCCUCACUUUGCAUUAAGUCCUUACUUAAAAAAAAUAUAUAUACAGUGUUUUCAGAAAGUAUUCAGACCCAUGCUUUUUUCCACAUUGCCUUUCAUUACAGCCUUCUAAAAUGUAUUAUAUACUUUCCCCCCUUCAAUCUACACAACAUUUUUGAUAAUGUCAAAGAGAAAAACAGUU